UACUUCCUCCAACCCAACCUAGUCCCUAGAACCUAGAACCUUCCACUCUCAUCCAGAAACGCUGAUUCCGGUGUUUUAAAAUACUUCACACUCUGCGCUGAAAUCGCAAUCUUAUUCUUGCGGAAAUGGCGAAGCGUUUGAUUCCGAGCUUCAAUCGCGUUCUCAUUGAGAAAAUCGUUCCUCCCUCCAAGACCAGCGCCGGCAUUCUCCUCCCUGAGAAGUCUUCACAGCUUAAUUCGGGGAAGGUGAUAGCGGUUGGACCUGGAUCGCGAGACAAGGCAGGGAACUUGAUUCCACCUUCCGUCAAGGAAGGUGACCACGUGCUCUUGCCGGAGUACGGUGGCACGCAAAUCAAGCUCGAUGACAAAGAGUUUCAUUUGUUUAGGGAUGAAGACAUUUUGGGUAUUCUCCAUGGUUGAUGAUGAGCCUAAAACUUGCAAAUUUUGAUUAGUUUUAAAUAAUUUAAUGUCUCAAUUAAGAAUGUAACUUGUUAUAAGCACUUGAGAGAUUUUUUUAUGGUGUUUUGUAUUCUGAAAAUGGCAGUGAGAAUGGAACUUCUUACUUUACUCUGCA